CCAGCCCCCGCCAUGCCGCCCGCGGGGCUCCGCGGGGCCGCACCGCUCGCUGCGAUCGCCCUCCUGGCGCUGGGCACUCCCCUGGCGCUGGCCGGCGAGGACUGCCUGUGGUACCUGGACCGGAACGGCUCCUGGCAUCCGGGCUUCGACUGCGAGUUCUUCACCUUCUGCUGCGGGACCUGCUACCAGCGGUUCUGCUGCCGGGACCUGACCUUGCUCAUCACCGAGCGGCAGCAGAAGCACUGUCUGGCCUUCAGCCCUAAGACCAUAGCUGGCAUCGCCUCGGCCGUGAUCCUCUUCGUUGCUGUGGUUGCCACCACCAUCUGCUGCUUCCUCUGCUCCUGUUGCUACCUGUACCGCCGCCGCCAGCAGCUCCAGAGCCCAUUUGAAGGCCAGGAGAUUCCAAUGACAGGCGUCCCCGUGCAGCCAGUGUACCCGUACCCCCAGGACCCCAAAGCUGGCCCUGCAGCCCCGCAGCCUGGCUUCAUGUACCCCCCUAGUGGGCCUGCUCCCCAGUAUCCACUCUACCCGGCUGGGCCCCCCAUCUACAACCCCACAGCUCCUCCCCCCUAUAUGCCACCACAGCCCUCUUACCCGGGAGCCUGAGGACUCAGCGUGUCUCUGCCCCCCCUCCCGCGACGCCAGCCUUGGGAGGUGCCACGUCCUGCGCCGGCGCCGGCAUCAGGCAUCCGGCCCUGGGCGUGGGUAGGGGUCUUCAAGUCUCCAGGCCCCAGACCAAGCUCUGAACCCUACUGGGGAUGGAGCCCCAGGGAAGUGGAACAGGAGCUGUGUGGGAACUAGGCCAUGAUGAGGGGGUGGGGAGGGCCAGGUGGGUGGGGCAUCUUGGCUGGGGCAGGGGAGGGGGAUGACAGCCUGGGUCACAGCCCCUGCUUUCAGCUGGACCCUCUCGCCCACCAUCCCAGGCAGGAGGGCUGGGGUCUCUCCUGUUUGCCCCUUCUGGGCUGGGGUGUGGGAGGGGAGAGGGUGCCACCAGCAGCUGGCCGUAGCCCUCCUCCCUGGCUGCCCCACGGGCUGGGGCUCUGGCCUGCUGGAUUAAAGCCGUGAGAUGUCA